AUGAAGACUUCUAAAGUUGGGAGCCGAGCACAUAUCAAGAACCCACUUCCAGCUAUACUUCUUUGGCACAACAAUUUGCCGAUACUGGCAUCUUCUGUCGUUAGCCUCUAUUUCCUCGAGCUGACCGACGUCUUCAAGCCAGUUCACUCUGGAUUCAGCUGCUAUGACAGAAGUCUGAGUAUGCCAUACAUUGAGCCUUCACAAGAGGCUGUUCCUUUCCUGAUGUUGCUCAGCUUGGCUUUUGCCGCACCUGCCAUCACGAUCAUGGUGGGUGAAGGCAUUCUCUACUGCUGCCUUUCAAAACGCCGGAAUGGAAUCGGAGCCGAGCCCAAUAUCAAUGCAGGGGGCUGCAACUUCAACUCUUUCCUCAGGAGAGCUGUCCGGUUUGUUGGGGUCCAUAUAUUUGGUCUUUGUGCCACAGCUCUCAUCACUGAUAUCAUACAGCUAUCAACUGGGUACCAAACACCAUAUUUCCUGACCGUAUGCAAGCCUAACUAUACAUCCCUCAACAUAUCCUGUUCAGAAAAUUCUUAUGUUGUGGAGGAUAUUUGCUCAGGACCUGAUCCGAUGAUCAUCAAUGAUGGAAGGAAGUCCUUCCCUUCUCAACACGCCACCCUGGCAGCCUUCGCAGCAGUGUACGUCUCGAUGUACUUCAAUUCCACGUUAACCGACUCCUCUAAGCUUCUGAAACCACUUCUGGUAUUUGCAUUCAUCAUCUGUGGGAUUAUUUGUGGACUGACCCGCAUCACUCAAUACAAAAACCAUCCAGUUGAUGUUUAUUGUGGCUUUUUAAUUGGGAGUGGAAUUGCCCUUUACCUGGGCCUGUAUGCUGUGGGGAACUUUCUACCAAGUGAAGAUAUGUUUAAUCAGAAUACACAGAGGGAACCAUUAAGAUCUUUGACUGACAUGAGCCAAGAUGCCAACAGAAUCCUACCAGGAAAAAAUGGCGGCAGCAGUGACACCAUCUCCACCCACCCUGCGGAGAGUAUGUUGAACAGGAACCACAGAGACAUGGGCUCCCUGACUAAUCUCAAGCGAGCCAAUGCUGAUGUGGAGAUUAUAACACCACGAAGCCCAAUGGGAAAGGAAAACAUGGUCACAUUUAGCAACACUUUGCCAAGAACCAACACGCCAGCAGUGGAAGAAUCAGCCCGACGGAAUGCUACUAUUCACGCGUCUAUGGAUUCAGCCCGCUCGAAGCAGCUCCUUUCCCAGUGGAAGAACAAGAAUGAAAGCCGGAAGUUGUCCCUGCAGGUGAUAGAGACAGAUUCUGGACAGUCACCACCUAGAGCAAUUGAAAUGAGGUCCAGUUCUGAGCCAUCCAGAGUGGGUGUUAACGGUGAUCACCAUGGCCCUAGCAAUCAAUACCUAAAAAUUCAGCCUGGUAGUAUGCCAGGCUGUAACAACGCUGGCCUUUCUGGUGGGCCGAGGGUUUCUAUUCAGUCACGUCCAGGUUCUUCACAGCUUGUGCACAUUCCUGAAGAGACGCAAGAGAAUGUGAGCACAUCUCCAAAAACAAGCUCAGCCCGAGCCAAGUGGUUAAAAGCUGCAGAGAAGUCGGUCGGGUGCAGAAGCAACAGCCAGCCAAGAAUCAUGCAGGUCAUUGCCAUGUCAAAGCAACAAGGGGUCCUUCAGGGCAGCCCAAAGAGUUCCGACGGCAGCACAGUCACCUGCACGGGCUCCAUCCGCUACAAGACCUUAACGGACCACGAACCGAGCAGCAUCGUCAGAGUCGAGGCCCACCCGGAGAACAACAGGCCCAUCAUUCAGAUGCCCUCGGAAGGGGAAGGGAGCGGCUCAUGGAAAUGGAAAGCACCCGAGAAAGGAAGCCUUCGUCAAACAUAUGAGCUCAAUGAUCUCAACAGAGACUCGGAGAGCUGUGAAUCCUUGAAAGACAGUUAUGGAUCUGGGGACAGGAAAAGAAGUAACAUCGACAAUGCCGAGCACCACCAUCAUGGAAUCACGACGAUAAGAGUCACACCAGUGGAAGGCAGUGAGAUUGGUUCAGAGACCCUAUCCAUUUCCUCCAGCCGUGAUUCUACCCUUCGAAGAAAAGGUAAUAUCAUUCUUAUCCCUGAAAGAGGUAGCAGCCCAGAGAACACCAGGAACAUCUUCUAUAAAGGAACAUCUCCUACAAGAGCGUACAAAGAAUGAGAGCUGGUGCUUCAGCUGAGCCAUGCCACAAAUGAUCGAUAUCAUAGGUUACAAGCUUUGUGCUCUCUUAUAAUUUUCAUUUUACUGAGCUGAGGCUGAAAUAUUCUUGAUGUGCCAAAAUAUUGACCAUCAGCCUGACUGUUUAUGGAUGUUGCUGAUGUGUAGUGAUUGUGCAUGAAUUUGUGGAUUUCAUGUUGCGGGGGGGAAAAGCACAAUGCAAGAACCUAAUGAAUGAGAAAUUUCCUAACAUGCUUUUUUUUUCCAGACUCAAAAUGUUUCUCCAAUAGGAACUAUGUCAUCAGAAACAGCAAUCUUAAAGGCAGACACCUUAAUUCCUGAAUGUGCCAACUUUUUGAUUGAUGUAUAUUCAAGGACAAAAGAGAGAAUUUUUUUAAAUGCAAAAGCUGUACCAGUGUUGUACUUCAUCUUUGCGGGUUUUGCACCAAAAUUUAAUGCAAAGUCGGUGCUGAUUCUAACUUUAUGUUUUUAGAAAACUUCACCUAUCAGUCCAGCUCUACAGACACAUGAUGUUUUGAUGUAUAAUUCCUUUCCAAGUAAUAUUGCUGAAAAUAUGGUGUUGGCUGCAUCCAUUUAGAGUAGAAAAAAUAUUGACAGCUUUGUUAUAGUGGAACGUUCACAUUAAAAGAUUGCAAAGGUUUUGUGUAGUUCUUUGAAAUGUUUACUAGAACAAAAACUGAUGUGAAUGAUGUUCCAUGAAAGUGGAAUCAUGUUCUCUCCUAGUUUUUUGUUUUGUUUUGUUUUUGCUUCUCUCCAAAAUGUGUUUAGUUACAGGUGCUACAAACCAAGAGGUCACUUCUUAGUAAGCUAACUGGGGACUAGUUUAAAUAUUGUGGUAGUAUUUUUUUAAUAAGAAUUUCUUAUGCACUAAGUUACAUUCUUCUAAUUUAGUAGUUUCUUGGUUUGUCUCAUUGCUGAUCUUUCCUCUUUUCAUUCAUCACUGAGUAACUAGAGCUUUACACUAAUUAUUGCAACUGUGCUGUAAAGAUGAAAAUAACAACAGGCUGCCUAAAUGAUUAGCAAGGCUGGAAUUAGGUACAGGAACAUUCUUGACAAGCCUGCAUGUGUGCACACCCUACAUUGCUAUCCUUCCAGAAGCUGAGCUACAGCCUCUUGCUUCUUGAAUGUGCCCUGAACCGGAUGUGGAAAUAUAACUAGAGAAUGUAUUGCAUUUGUAGCCUGCUUACCAGGUCUUCCUUUGGGCCUGUAAAACGAUCAGUGAAGAUGGGGCUGAAAGGCAGCACAAUGAGUGCAGCCAGUUGGGUGUUCCAAGUCGCCAUGCCCUACAUUAGAUGAGUUUUUAACAUGUGAAACGCUCAAAACAAGGUGGCACUAAGCAAGCAUAAUGCUGUUUUCCUUACUUCUCUGCCUUACUGUGGAUCAUAUGCCCUCCUCGGAGUUCUUCAUAUCCCACGUAACAUUUGGCAGUUCUAAUGAGGUAUCAGCAAUAACUGAGAUGUCUAGUAACUGAGAUGAAAGCUUGAUCUCUUGGGAUUUUUUUCCCCAUUUCUGGUUGAUGGGCUGGUCCUGUCAUUUGUAAUCCAAAGUGAACUAUGGAUGAAACUGAGGGGGAUGCUCCAGCUUGUGCCCAGAUAUGGUUGCCAUUUCUGCUUUGCACAUCCUAAUUCUUAAACAGUGUAUAGUUGGGCUAUGAAGUCUUUGGAAUGGCUUCUAGAGCCAAAUGAAUAUACAAAUGCUGCACUGUACUACAAAUGAGACUACAGUCUCUUUAAGCGUAAGUUUCAUUUAGGGUUAUGAAAAGUUUUUGCCUGUUUUGAACUUGUCUUGUAAAGAUGAGAUCCACUGAAACAGGUUUCUCAGGUGAAAACUGAUCUAGUCUGGAACUAUUAUGAUGUAUAAACCACAGCAUGAAAAAGACAAAAGAUUCUAUAGGAUCAGAUUUAGUAGCAGUACUACCUAGGGAUGUGUGGAUGAGACUCUUUUCCCAUCCAUAUCUCUUUCUUCAGUCACUGGUGUAUUCUGUUGCAUUUUCGUAGUAAUCUGUGAAUUUUUGAUUCAACAAAAAUGUGCAUUUGAUACAGACUUCCUCACAGAACACAGAUUUUAUAACUUUUUGAAACUGCUUUGAAAGCUAAGGACUGCAGCAAAACAUUCAGGAACAACAACAUUCAUUAGACAAUUUAUGUCCCAACAUGGUCAUUGGUCCAGGAGGUGCAGUUCAGGCCCCAAUACAUUUCUGGAGGUGAUUCUCCAAGGAUCCUUAGUUGUAAGUAGCUUGAAAUGUUGAGAAUCCUAAAGAAGGUGUAUUACUUGGGAUAUUUAUAGUCCUAGUCACAGUUCAGCGUAUUUAGAAAUACUUGGGUACUAAUCAUUUCCUAAAUGGGGAAAAAUCCACAUUAUUAUUUUGUUAUAUUUGUUUCCUUCCAAAAUGCUCAGAAUGGCACUUUAUCCUGACAAAUAUCCUGUGAAGUGGGGAGAUAGUGAUUUGCCUAUGAUCACAGAUAUUUUUUUUCAGAGCAGAGGAUGAAAUUCAACCUCAUGUAUUGUAGCAGAUCAAGUGACAAAUUAGGACUUGCAUAGGCCUGGAUUCAAAUUUCUGUUUAGUCAUGGAAACUCAUUGGGGAGGUAAAAAUACUCCUUAAAUAUCUCACAUAGCUUGAAAACCCUAUUAGGGUCACUAUAGGUUAGGUGCAAUUAGAUGCUUCCUAACAUAACAUCUUCCUAACAUUCCAGAGAUGUCAUUCUGGCACACCUUCACGACCGAAGCACUCAUACUUGCAAAUGAAACCUGUGCUACCCUUACAAGGUCCAAUCACAAAAUAGAGCAAGCUGAUUUGUAAACUCUGGGAGGUGAGAAGAAACUCCUGCUGCGACAAUCAGACAAUUCAGUGCUUAAGAAAUUCCCUCUUCUAAUGAUGGGUUAUCUGUAAAGAAUAGUUUGACCCUUAGUCCUGCCAGAUAGUGAUGGUUGUCUAAGAAAGAGGUUCUUCCCACAUAUCCCACAUAUGAUCUAUGAUCUAGCUGUGGAAACUUGGUUUCAUAAGUGCAAAAAAGUUGUUCUACAAAUUAAUUUUUAAAAAUAAAAGACCCAGUAUUAGUCACAUGUCACAAAUGCUUGCAAGCUUAUGAUCCAUGGUAAGCUAAAGUGCCACAUAGGGACCCCAGAGAGUGGUCUGAAGCCAGCAUGUCUUAGCUGCAUUUGAUGCAAACAUAACCUAGAUCUACACUCUUUAGCGCUAACAAGGGCUGUGUGUUGGGAUAUGUAUCUAGAUGUUUAUCCACAUCCCAAUUACCCACAUACCAAGCUUGUAUUGGUCAUCAGACAUGCAGCUCCCAGACCAGCUCAGGAACAAAGCACACAAUUUACUGGAUGCAGGCAUCCAACCAACAGAUCUUCAUGUCCAGCAUUUUCUUGUACCUAAAGGUCCUGACCCUGCAUUAAAAUCCCCUAACUGGAUUGGGGUGAUUAUUUUCCAUUUAUAAUAUUUAUAAACACUGUGGAAUUUUUUGUUGUUUUAAAAUGAACAUAAACCAGACUUCGUAUCUCCAAAUGUCUUGUGUUUAUCUUUUCCCCCACAUUUUUAAUUAUUUCAGACACUUUGAUGAAUGAAUUAGUUCAGUUUGUUUAGUUCCGCCAAAUAAGAAAGUCUUUGAACAAAUAAGUAGGACAAAAUCACAGCUGCCCUAGAAUUAUAAUGAGAGAGCAUAGUGGUGUUAAUAAGUCAGUAAUGCAAUGCAGGAAAACGACAAUUAACUGCACAAUCCUAGCCAUAUCUACUCAGAAGUAAGUUCUAUUGAGUUCAGUGGGACUUACUUCCAAGUAAGUUGGGUGUGUAGGGUGGUAGUCUAAGUAUCUGCAAUAAUAUAAGGACUAGAAAAUUGCCCUUCUGGAAAAGCAACUAAUUAUGUCAACAGCAUGUGAUUCUUAUCUUAGUGGGAGUGAUUACUUCUUCCAUUUUAUUUCACUUUCUUUUGUUUUUCCUUUCCUUUCCUUAUUUCUUUUUUGGCUUUACUUUAGUUAUCCUAACAGAUAUAAAAGUUUCAUGCAUUGCUUUUCAGACUCAGAAGGUCACUGCAUUCUUUCCAGUGCAGUGUGAUAUUUUUCCUAGCUGAACUUUUUUCCUACUUACUAAUAAACAAUUUUAAAGUACUUGCAGAAUCAUUGUAAUUGCAUUCUUUACAUAAAAUAUUGAAAAUACUCUUUUUUUACUUGGAAGUGCCAAAGGCUACUCUUUUUAAUAAUGGCUUCUCAGAAACCUAAUUAUAUUCAAGAACAAAAAAAAGUAAUAAAGAUAUACCUUAGAAUUCUCACUUCUUUGUGUAUAUCAUUUAUGAAGCCUUUUGUAAAACUAAUCUUUGUUUACAUUCCACUGAUACCUUAAUUUCAGACAAAUCAAAUAAAUUGACAGGUGGCACCUUCUAGGAAUUUUUUUUUCUUACUUGCUAAAACGGGCACCAGUUUCUUUGUUAGGCUGUGCUUUACUAAGAAAAAAAAUUGAGUAAAAUACAAAAUAUGUUUUUAAAUGAAAAUUCUAUAUAAAUAUUGUGUUCUAUUAAAAAUGUUAUGCACUGUUUUAAAAUAAAAACAAAAAAACUAUUUGUAAAAAUGCUAUAAAUGUAUUUUGUUAAAUAAGGACAGAAUCAAUGCUACUGUGUGAAUUUACUGUGCUAACAUCGUUAAAAAUAAAGAUUAAAUUCCUC